AUGGCCGCCGCACGAGGAGUGCGCUUCCACGACUCUCUUACCAACAACAUCCUCCUCUCCGGCGACACGGCUAGCAUGGCGGAUCCAGCUAGGCCCGUAGUGGUGAAUGGCCCUGUCCGCACAGAGAGCUCCGAGUCUUCUUCAGGCGACUCCGACCACGAUCACGAUGCGCAUCUUGGCGGAUCCGCCAUCGAGCAUGGCUCGUACCAUUUUGCACCUCCCGUGGCCGCAACGCCCGUCGACGAGGUGCCUCCGCUGACUAGCUCGGCCUACAACAGCUGGAGCAACGCCGUACCCUCACGACCACGGGGGCCUCAAAUCAUGACGGACCUGCCUCCCGCCCAGCUGCAGACGAAUGGCGCGGGUUCAGCGCGCACGCCGCGCCCGAGUGCCGUCCGCACCCCCAGCAACGCAUAUGCACCUGCCCGACGGCCCCAGCAGUUCUCCCUCAACUCCAACACGCACCGCACACGCAACUCGUCGGCUUCCCGCGCGCGCCGCAACCCCAACGCCGACUACCGCGCCCAGGAAAAGGCCUACGUCCAGCGCAUCCGCCAGGAGAACGACCAGGACGACUUCUUCGACCCGGCCCUGCGCACCCCGAGCCUGGGCUACAGCACCGACGAGGAGACGGACGAGGACUCGCCAUCGACGGCCGAGUAUGUCGAAAACGACCCGUACGACCAGGAGACGCUGCUGUACUAUGGCAACGACGACAUGCAGCCCUCGAUCGAGGAGCUCAAGAUCCCCGCCAACCGCGAGCGCCUGGAGUGGCAUUCGAUGCUGGCCAGCGUGCUCACGGGCGACGUCGUCAAGCAGGAGAAGAAGCGUCUGAUUGGCAGCACCGAGCAGCAGGGGGACAACACCAUGAAAGCCGAGAUCUGGAUGGGCAUCCGCGCCAAGGUCUGCGGCCGCUCGCUGCAGGCACAGCGCCGCAUUGUCGACGAUGCCCGCGGCAAGAUCCGCGCCAACGUCGAGAGCGUCAUCUCGUUCGAGGUAGAAGGCGCCGCUGAGGCAGGCCAGACGGCCGCCCAGCAGGUCGAGGACAUCGUCAAGAAGAUCGAGAAGAUCGAGAGCGCCUACCCGACCCGCCAGGCGCUCGAGGCAGCAUACCCGCGUGCCGCAUCGCAGCCCUACAAGACCGCCUGUGACGCCGUCAUCGCCUGGCACAACACCAUCGCCCUCAUCAACACCGAGAUGUCCAUCCUCAAGAAGUGGGUCGGUAACGACGAGCUGGACUUUGUCAAGCCGCGGCCGCGCUCGUCGCACGACCACCAUCUCACCGACGAGUCGUCGUUCAUCGACCGCAUACUUAAGGAGGAUGGUCUCAAGUCGCUGCAAGGCGAGACGAACCUCCUCUUGCCGCUCGAGAGAGUCAUCCUCAAGGCAAAGAGCACCCUCAUCGCCAAUGCCGAGGGCUUUGCCGACAGGCAUCUGCCGCCCUACAUUGAAGAGCUGCUUACCCUGAUCAACUUCCCGUCUCGUCUGCUACAAGAGAUCAUCCGCGUCCGUCUCUCCUACGCCAAGAAGAUCAAGGACCCCUCACAGCAAGGCGUCAUGAUGGCCGAGCAAAUGAUUGCGCAGUUCCAGAUUUUGCUCGCCAUGGCUGGACAAGUCAAGGAGAGCUACCGAGUCAUCUCACGCCCGGAGCCGGGCUGGGACUUGCCUCCCUGCAUUGAAGAGAACUUUGACACCGUUGUGCUGGAAGCGCUCAAGUUCUAUUUCAGGAUGCUGAACUGGAAGUUGGCUGCCAACAAGAACACGUUCAAGGAGGCCGAAAUCUUGGAGCAAGAAUGGGAGUUCUCUAAUAAGCUUGGACGACAGCUCCAGGGCGGUGACGUUGAGACGGCCGAGCAAUUCAGUCUUCUCACGUCCAAGUCGCUUACCCGCCUCAGUGCUCAUUUCGAAAGGGAGCUCCAGCGCCGUCCUGACGAGUUGACCGGCUCCGAGAUGGAAAAGCGGUACAAGCAGAUUCUUGACUCUGUGCGUGUGCGACAGCGUAAGCUGUUCCGUUUCUCCAGGAUAUUGACUCAGCGCUUUGAGAACUGUACCGAGUACAACAUCACUCACAUCGAUCUGGACCAGGAGCAGCUAACCGAUCUGUACGAAGCGUUGGUGCAUACGGGCCAUUUCCUCGUUGAGACCAGUGGCGGCACCAACCAGGGUGUCUACAUCAUCGCAUCACCCGCGUUACAAGACAGGCCGCAGGACAUUCAAUCAUUGCUCACGACAUGUUACCAUGCCGAAGAAGCUCCGGAAGACCCGUCCAACCCAUAUGUCCUCAUCAUUCGCCCGGAGGAACCGUUGUACUGGCCUGGAACCAAAUUAGACGCCAACAUACUGGAACCACAUCUCGACUUAAAGCCUGGCCGCCUGCGCCUCGUCGCUGAUGGCUCUCAACAACGUCUGGCCAAUGCCAACUUGUCGUUCUUGCAGUGCAUCAACAUGGAACUACAUACGCUCAUCGACCAAAGAGCCAAUCUCCCGCGUGUCAACGCGGAGUUGCAGAAGAUCAAGAAGACAGCCUACAAGCUCUCCAACACAAUUAUGGACAGCGUUGAGAUUGUUCGCCGCCAGACCCAGGGUCUCGACUGUCAAGAUCUCAUCCAGACGUGUUUUGCUUUCGCGACAGAGUUUGGUCAACGUUCAGUCCUGUACCUGGACUACAACCGCCGCGCUAUGAACAACAUCAAGUUGACAAGGCUUGCUCUGGACUGGGUUAGCUUCAUAUGCGACGAUUGCAUCGCUUCGGACCGCAAGACCUUCCGAUGGGCCGUCGUUGCCCUCGAGUUUGCCAUGAUGAUGACGCGUGGGCAGAAUAUCCUUUCCAUCAACGACGGAUGGAAUACUCCCAGGCUCCGACUCCAAGGUGGCUGGAAUGCAUGUCCGUCCUCAUUUCGCACUUUGGAUAUCAUGGGCGCUCGAUCCACCAUUGCUGCUCAGGCCGAGAGGCAACGCCUGAACGCCAUUGCUGGCACGAACUUGGCAGAAUCCAAGAAUUCCAAGGAUGAUGAAGAGUCGAUCGAGUUGACCCAAAUGCAGUGGAUGGAGCGACUUGAUGAGAUUGACUCGUUCAGAAAGGAGAAGGAGAGAGUGCUGGAGGACUCUAACGAGGCCGACAGAGCGCUCACUUAUUUGUCCUCAUCUGCCACCAACGUUACUGUUCGUUGGCAACAAGGCCAAUUCGUUGGCGGCGGUACUUUCGGCUCCGUCUAUGCUGCCAUGAAUCUAGACUCUGGCCAUAUGAUGGCUGUCAAGGAAAUCCGUUUGCAAGAUCCUCAACUCAUUCCUACCAUUGUUGCUCAAAUCAGAGAUGAGAUGGGUGUAUUGCAAGUUCUCGAUCACCCGAACAUCGUGUCAUACUACGGUAUCGAGCCACAUAGAGACAAGGUGUACAUCUUCAUGGAAUACUGCUCUGGUGGUUCGCUUGCUGGGCUGCUCGAGCAUGGUCGCAUCGAAGACGAAACAGUCAUUAUGGUUUACGCUUUGCAAAUGUUGGAAGGUUUGGCGUAUCUGCACGACGCUGGUGUCGUGCAUCGCGAUAUCAAACCCGAAAACAUCCUCCUUGAUCACAACGGUGUAAUCAAAUACGUCGAUUUUGGCGCUGCUAAACUCAUUGCACGACAAGGCCGUACCCUCGCCGCCGACACGCGUCAAGGCCGUCAACGCUCUAUGACCGGAACCCCAAUGUAUAUGUCCCCCGAGGUUAUCCGCGGCGGCUCCACAGGCCGCCACGGCGCCGUCGACGUAUGGUCUCUCGGCUGCGUGAUCCUCGAAAUGGCGACCGGCCGCCGCCCCUGGGCGUCUAUGGACAACGAAUGGGCCAUCAUGUACCACAUCGCGCAAGGCGACCCACCGCAGCUCCCCUCGCGCGACCAACUCAGCGAGCCUGGCAUCGACUUCUUGAAGAAAUGCUUCGAGCGCGAUCCCGCCAAGCGCAUCAGCGCCGUCGAACUCCUCCAGCACGAAUGGAUCAUGACGCUCCGCGCCCAACUCAGUCUCGAGCCCCAGACGCCCAGCUCCGAAACGAGCAGCAGUGGCCAGGUCACGCCGCAGAGCAGUAGGCACAAUUCUGCCUAUGGAAACGGCACGUAG